AUGGAUGAAAGUAGUGCUAGUGGAGGUGGAAGGGGAAAAAACAAACGAUUUUGGACUGCCCAAGAAGAUAAGGCUCUUGUGGAAGCCUUGUCAGAGUUAGCUGUUGAUCCUCACUGGAGGUGUGAAAAUGGAUUUAGAAGCGGCUACAUGGUUCGCUUAGAGGAGCUCAUAGGUAAGGCUCUUCCUGGUUGUGGUUUGAAGGCUCUGCCACACAUUGAUUCUCGACUUAAGACACUUGUAGCCAAGUUUAGGGCUAUUUCUCAAAUGUUAAAUACAAGUGGAUUCGUCUGGGAUGAUGAAAAAAAAAUGAUUUCUGUAGAUCGGGCUGUUUAUGACGAGUAUUGCAAGAAUCAUCCGAAUUGCAAAAACCUGUUUGGAGUUUCAUUUCCGCACUUUCAUGAACUAAUGAAUGUUUACGGCAAGGAUUACGCUACCGGAAAACCAGCUGAAGAUUAUGUUGAAGCAAUACAGAAUUUGCAAAACGUUGCCCCUCCACAAGUUACACUUGAUUCAAGUGAUGAUGAGGGAAUUGAUGCUAGUGGUAAUGCCACUCAAACUGUUACUUCUCCUCCUGCUAAAAAAAUGAAAACUGAAAAAACUUCUAAUAAAAGAAGUAAGAGAGGAAAUGCUGGUGAAGGUAGUUCUAAUGAGUUGGCUAGCUUACAAGCAUUCAUGAAAGACAUGAAUGUUCAUCUUUCAACUAUGGCAAAUGUGAUGGCCCGCACUGAUGAUCGUGAGCAAAAAGUAGUUGAACAGACUGAGAAAGUGUUAGAGGAACUACUAUCUUUUAAUUUAGAAGGUGUAACUUCUAACCAAGUUUUUGAAGUGGCUAACAUUCUAACCUCACAACCAAACAAGCUCCUCAUAUUUUCAAAGUGUCCCGACGCUUUGAAAAGUGAUUAUGUUAAGAGUCUUCUUGGAGGAAAUAGUAAUGCUUAG